AAUCAAAUCAGCAACAAUGGAAGAAGAAUCUCAAACCCUAAUUCUCACAAUCCUAAUCCUAAUCCUCAUCCUCACUCUCACAAUUCUCCUCAUCAAAAAACUCAAACCAAAACCAAAUCUCCCUCCAUCUCCACCGUUCUCACUUCCAAUCAUCGGCCACCUCCGCCUUCUCAAACCACCGCUCCACCGUAUCUUCCUCACCAUCUCCAAAUCCUUAAACAACUCUCCGAUCUUCUCCCUCCGUCUCGGAAACAAACUCGUUUUCGUCGUUUCUUCACACUCAAUCGUCGAAGAAUGCUUCACGAAAAACGACGUCGUUCUCGCGAAUCGUGCAAAAUCAAUUGCUUCUAAACAUAUCUCGUACAAUUACUCAUCUAUGGUCUCUGCUCCGUAUAGUGAACAUUGGAGAAAUCUCCGCCGUAUCGGCGCCGUCGAGAUUUUCUCCAGUCACCGGCUUAAUAGCUUUUCCUCUAUCCGCCGCGACGAGGCCCGACGACUUAUAGUUCGUCUCUCUCAGAACUCUUCACUCGAAUUCGCAAAGGUUGAGAUGAAUUCAAUGUUAUCUAAUUUAGCAUUCAACAACAUUAUUAGAAUGGUGACUGGAAAAUGUUACUAUGGAGAUGGUGCAGAGGAUGAUGCGGAGGCUAAACGCGUGCGGCAGCUUAUCGCAGAGGCGAUGAGUUGUUUUGGUGCCGGACACGCGGCUGAUCAUUUACCGGUCUUGAGAUGGAUUACAGGUUUCGAGAGGCGGGUAAAGAAGAUUGCUGGUAGGCUUGAUGUGUUCUUCCAGGGAUUGGUUGAUGAGAAACGAGCGGCAAAGGAGAAGAAGGAGAACACGAUGAUUGAUCACUUGCUUUCUUUGCAAGAAUCCCAACCUGAGUACUACACAGACCACACCAUUAAAGGAACUAUGCUUUCUCUUAUACUUGCGGGGACAGAUACAUCAGCGGUAACGUUGGAAUGGGCAUUGUCGAGCCUGUUGAACCAUCCCGAAGUACUAAAAAAGGCGAGAGAUGAAAUCGACGAUAAAAUUGGCUUAGACAGGCUUUUGGAAGAAUCAGACGUUCCAAAUCUUCCUUAUCUUCAGAACAUCGUCUCUGAAACGUUGCGCUUGUACCCCGCAGGGCCCUUGUCCGUCCCGCACGUCGCAUCAGAAGAUUGUAAAGUAGGGGGUUACGAUAUGCCGCGUGGUACUAUGUUAUUGGUGAACGUCUGGGCUAUACAUAGAGAUCCUAAGCUAUGGAAUGAUCCCACGAGUUUCAAGCCAGAGAGGUUCGAGAAAGAAGGAGAGACUCAUAAGCUACUGGCGUUCGGGUUAGGAAGAAGAGCGUGUCCAGGGUCCGGACUGGCUCAACGGUUAGUGAGCUUGAGUCUCGGGUCUUUGAUUCAAUGCUUUGAAUGGGAGAGGAUUGGAGAAGAAGAGGUGGAUAUGACUGAAGGUGGAGGACUCACAAUGCCUAGAGCUAGACCUUUGGUAGCCAUGUGCCGAGCACGUGCCUUUGUUGGAAAAAUUCUACAUGAGUCUGGUUGAUUUUGUAACUUUUGUAAAGGCUAGCUAUUACAUGUGUUUAGGUAAUGGUUUGUGUCUGUAUGUUGGAUUUAUUACUAUACUGGUACUAUGUAAAACGAUGAAUUCAUUACAAUUAAAACGGAGGAUACAUG